AUACAGCGAAGACUCGAAAUUUCGUAAGCGGAUUUCAGCCAAUCACUUCUUCUGUUGGGCACAUGAUCAGUGGAAAGAGUCAGCUUCCGAAACAGGUUUUGCCACUAGUAAAGAAGAAAAGGGAAGAGGGGACAUUACUAAUUACUGGACUCUCGAAACAACAGGAUUAACCGAAGAAGAAAACGGUGACGAAAGCGCGAAACGACAGUUUGCUGCAUCUGUUAAAAAAGUUGGUGGACGAUAUUG